AAUUAAUCUACCCUUCUUUUCACCUGAAAUGAUUAUAGUAGCACCGCGAUUAAAAUCACCAUUUUAUAUUAGAGUAGAGAACCCUGAAAUAAGAAUCGGGGAUAUACCUAGAUUAAAAAUAGCGCAUGGAAUUUAUGCGAUAGAAACUCUAGCGGAAGUUAGCUCAGGAAAGGCGUAUAUAGAUGUUGUAAGUAACUUGGACGAAGAAAUAGAAGUCCAGGUACCAACCCUACGUCUUAGAUCUUUCUCAAUUGUUGAUCAAGAAGUCUCUAAUAAAAUUAAUGAGGAAGAAAUAAAAGAAAAUAUUAACAAUAAAGAUAAAACGAACAACAAUUGUAACGUAAAUUUGAAAAACGAUGAAGACAAAAUUAUAAAUGAAAAUAAAAACAUAAUAGAAGAAGAGAAUAAAACAAUAAAUAAAGAAAUUCAGAUGUUAAAUAAAAAAGAAGGGAUAAUUGAAAACAAAUCCAAAGACGAAAUUGAAAUUAAAGAAAAAGAUAAACAUACACUAACACAAAAAAAUAAAAAUUUGAAGGAAAAAUCUAUUCUAGAACAAAAAUCAGGCUCCUAUGCCUCUCCCGAAGUUCUAGAUUCCCGAAUUGGAGGGGGAAAUUACCAAACCCCUCGUGAAUUAAGUAGUGAUCCAAAAGUCCUUGGAAAUGAGGAUUUCCAUAUCUCUCCUGGAUUGCCCAGAGAUCCAAGAAUUCUUGAGGAGGGAAGUUACCAAACCUCUCUUGAAUUGACCAGAGAUCCAAAAAUCCAUGAGGGAGGAGAUUUUCAAACAUUCCUCGGGCUGCCCAGGGAUCCAGAAAUCCUUGGAGGGGGAAGUUACCAAACCUCUCCUGUUUUAAUUGAUGAUCCAGAAAUCCUUGGAGGGGGAAGUUACCAAACCUCUCCUGUUUUAAUUGAUGAUCCAGAAAUCCUUGGAGGGGGAAGUUACCAAACCCCUCGUAAAUCAAUAAAUAAUUCUGAAAUCUUAAAGGGAAAGGAAUAUCAAAUCCCCCUUAAAAAUUAUGAUACAAUAAAGGAAGAUCUCCAAAAUUCUAUAAUGUAUUCUUCAGUCGAUUGCAAGGAGGGAAGCAACCAAACCUCACUAUGUAACACGACACGAUUUUUCUUAAAGGAAGUCAAAAACAAAGAGCUCCUUAGUUUAUCUAAAAAAAUUAAAAUUCCCAAGAAUUGGAAUAAAUAUAAAAAAUAAAUAUAAUAAAAAUAACAUUUCUCAUAUUGCUAUCAAAGAGCCUAUAAAAAGAACUAAGUUUUAUAAUGCAAGAAAAUUAUAUGAUUCCAA